AGUGGAGACCAGCAAAGCACUCCCAGCCCAAAACAGACCAUGCAAUUCUUCCUGGCCCUUGUCGCCUUGGGAGGAAUAGCCUGCAGUUUCCAUGGGGUACAUUCUUACGAGUCCCACAAUUUUGGACCAGGCCAUUUCUCCAUUUUUAAGAGCCCUGAAGAGAGAAUCGAGGGUUUACAGUUCUUCUUUGGACCAAUAGUUGGCCUUUUAAAAGGUGUAAAACUAAGAAUAAGUAAUCAAUGGACUAAAACAUAUGGACACGCAAACGGAAAGCUUGAUGAAUUCGUCCUCCGGAAAAAUGAAAACAUUAAAAAAAUAACAACCUUUAGUAAGCUGUGCAUCCGUGGUAUAGAGAUAGAAACCGAUGCUGGAAGAACUUUUAAAGCUGGGAAUCCCAAUGGGCAGAGGUCCACUAUCUUUCCCCCUGAGAAGGGGAUGGUAUUCAAUGGCAUCACUGGUUAUUUUGACCUUAUAUGUAUCAAAAGAAUGAUAUUUCACUGGACACACAUUCUUCAAACAAUCCCCACACCUGAAGUAACUACAGAAGAGAAGGGUCCUGAAAACACCUCAACUGCACGUGCUAAAACCACUCAAGCUGAACCUGCUAAAACCACUCCAGUUGCACCUGCUAACACCACCCCAGCUGCAACUGCUAAAACCACUCCAGCUGCAUCUGAUGAAAACACCCCAACUGCAACUGCUGAAAAUACCCCAGCUUCACCUACUGGAAACCUCCUAGCUGCACCUUGUAGCAAUGGGAACAAGAAUUCACCAAAGUUCUAGUGAGCCCCUAUUGAAGACACCUCAAUUUAACAACUGCACUGCUUAGCAUCUUACAACUAUUGGCCACUAUACUAAGUCAUCUAUCCCUUCUAGGAAAAGAUUUAAAGCUGUAGUUAUUCUGAGUUGCUUUUUUUAAAGACUAUAUAUACCAUAACCUGGACUAUACUUCCAGAGACCUGGAACCAAUGGCUGGCCUAAGGAUCCUGGAAUCUAGAAGGAGAGAGUAACCAUGACCCAGGUGAUGUGACUCCCCAAGAAAAUGCUGGUCUAAAAAAGUAAAGGGAAGGAAAAAAAUUAAGACUGUGAGAAAAUCCAGAGGGGAUUUAAGAGUCUAAUCAAUUAAUAAAGCUUCUGCAAAAGCUAUA